UCUAUGAAAACGUCCUCUUUUCCACUAGAUAGCAAGCGAAGUAGGGGAACAGAACAUGUCAACUACAACAACGAACGGCCUUAAUGGCGGCCAUUAUAAAGAAUACAACCAUCAUUAUGCUGAAGAAUGUAGCCAAGAUGACAUUGGCACCUUCCUUUUUACAUCAGAAUCUGUGGGAGAGGGACAUCCAGACAAGAUUUGUGACCAAGUAAGUGAUGCUGUGUUGGAUGCUCACCUUACACAAGAUCCAAAUGCAAAAGUAGCCUGCGAGUCAGUAGCCAAAACUGGCAUGAUCCUGUUGGCUGGAGAAAUCACUUCCACAGCCAAUGUUGACUAUCAGAAGGUCGUCAGAGAAACAAUCAAACAAAUAGGAUAUGAUGAUUCAUCAAAAGGUUUCGACUAUAAAACAUGUAAUGUUCUGGUAGCACUGGAACAACAGAGCCCUGAUAUUGCACAGGGUGUCCACGAAAACAGGGAUGAGGACGACAUUGGUGCUGGUGACCAGGGACUAAUGUUUGGAUAUGCUACUGAUGAAACUGAUGAAUGUAUGCCACUGACUGUGGUAUUAUCACAUCAGCUUAAUGCUAAAAUUGCCCAACUGAGAAGGGAUGGAACACUUUCAUGGGCAAGACCCGACUCAAAAACACAGGUGACUGUGGAGUACAGGUAUGUUAAAGGAGCCUGUAUACCUAUAAGAGUGCAUACCGUGGUUAUUUCCCUUCAACAUGACGAGUUUGUCACGACUGAAGAGUUGAGAAAGCAGAUAAUGGAGAAGGUUGUAAAUGUAGUAAUUCCUGAGAAAUACAGAGACAGCAAAACAGUGUUCCACAUUCAGCCUUCUGGGAAAUUCAUUAUUGGAGGACCACAGGGAGAUGCCGGUCUGACAGGUAGAAAAAUUAUAGUGGAUACUUAUGGUGGAUGGGGAGCCCAUGGAGGUGGUGCCUUCUCAGGAAAAGACUUCUCCAAGGUAGACAGGUCUGCAGCCUAUGCUAGCCGUUGGGUAGCCAAGUCCCUCGUAAAGGCUGGUCUUUGUAAGAGAGUCUUAGUUCAGGUAUCCUAUGCCAUUGGAAUUGCCAAGCCAUUAUCCAUCACUGUGUUCAGUUACGGUACAUCUACACUAUCUGAAGCCCAGCUUCUCCAAGUGGUGCAUGACAAUUUUGACUUGCGUCCAGGACACAUUGUAAAGGAACUAAAUCUAAGAGCACCUAUUUACCAGAAAACAGCUUGCUAUGGACAUUUUGGUCGUCCAGAAUUCAGCUGGGAAGUGCCGAAAAAAUUGAAAUGGCAAAAGUGAAACACUCUUGAAACAUUUUGUGUGAAUGAAAGGAAAAUGUAACCCUUAACCAGAGAAUAGACAGAAAGCAACUAUACAUGAUUUAGACGUUGCUCAAAUCCACUUUACUCUGUGUGUGUGUGUGUGUGUGUGUGUAUGCCUUUGCAUGUGAGGGUGUGUGUCGGUGUGUGAUCCUGUUUUUCUUUUAUAUAAGAACAACCAUGGGGAAGGCCACAGUAGUUAAAAGGCUAGUCUGACCCAGUUUGAUUCCGAAGUUUAUGACCAUAUAUGGAACAAGCUUGACCCUCUUGACUCAAAUCUGCAUAAUCCUAAAACUAUUGUAGUUUUGAGGUCAAUUGUAGAGGUUGAUGUGACCUGAAAUCUUUCAUCCUUCAAAAUAUGUACUUUGUAUAAAGUCACCAACCACCAGAACUGAAGGAUGAAUUAUUUUUUUUUGUAGUUAUUUGAGCUUAUUUGUGUCAAACUCGGCUCAGAUUUCGCCCUUUAAUUAUUGCAAAUGUGUUUUUUCUUCUCGAUUUUUAUAUACACAUUUGUCUCGUGUUUAUAAAAAUUUUAACGGAAAAGAGCACUAUUUAUAAACACUCGGGCAAAAAUCCCCAGUAGAAAAUAUCCAUUAUAUUAAUUAUUUAUAUUUGAAUGCUAUAUAUUGAUGAUUAGAAAGGAAUGAGAUCACAUUUUAUCUUUUGAUUGGAUGGUGUAUGCUUGUAAUUUCUUUUUAAUGUAACUUUUUAUUGUUGUUAUUUGUUUGAUUUCAUUUUUAUCAAUGUCCAUGACUUGUCAGAUAUUUUAUGGAUUUCUGCCAUUUUCUUCUGCAAGUAAAGGUUAAUCACUCCAUUUUAUGUGACCAUGCUUUGUGAUGUAUGGUUUUAUACACUUGUACAUUGUAGUGGUAUAUACUGUCUACUGUGCAAUUUAAGGAAAUUUUCCUUUAUUGGCAUCAAUCUUGCCUAACAGGGUAGAACUCUUAUAAAACACGUUGUAACAGGUAAUCAGACGUAUCAAAAGUCAUGACAUCUUCAUCUUCACAUCCUAAGAAUUUUAAAAUGCUAUGAUGACAUUAUCCUAUGAUUGUUAUGUAAUUCUAUAUACAGAGAUUUAAUAGAACACCAAUUUACACUGUAGAUGUCGAGUGUAUAUGAGGGAACAACUUAAUAAAUUGUUGAAAUAUA